CGUCCAGGAUCGUGCGCCACCAAGAUGGGCUCUGGCAUGGCGGAAGUAGACCGCCGGCGCACCACUCGAAAAACCAACAACCGCAGACCACUUUCACCAGCAGCGCGACGUGACUCGAGGUCUUGGAUAGCUGCCUUCAGAUUCACCCUAUCCGCUGGUGGAAGGUCCGGCUGCAUGAUGACUCCAGAACCUAUUAAUUUAAAAGCAAAUCGCAUAAGCGCUUGGCGCUCCUCUGCUGUGGAAAGAAUCGCCUUUAGAAGACGAGGACUAAGGUUGGGGCUACUGACAGGCACGUCUCCAAGUCGGGUUAGUUUACGUACGGUCACUUCAUGACUUUUCCUUCUAACAAUCUCUUGAUGCUCUGGCCAUCGCAAUAAUCAACGGUGCCCUAUCUGCUGCAUCGAGCAGGGUGGAUGGGGGUUUGGAUGCUACUGCUCAAGCUUUCCCGCCUUCUUGUUCCCCUUCUUGCGCUUUUUCUCCCUCAUGGUCCCGUACCAACUUCACUUUUAUCCACUCAGUUUUCAACCCCCCGAUUCUUGGCCCUACCCAACAUGCUUUGCUAGGCGUUUAUCUUCUAGUUUCAACUCAAAUGCAAACGCGGAGAGUCACUCUUGCCCUCUCG